CUCUCGAUAAGAUGGCUUAAUCAUCAUAUGCAACUUUCUCCGAGAUUUAGCGUGUCUCAGUUGUGGUGGCUGAACAAUCCUCUGCUUCGAUUGGCCCGUGCUCACUAGGAUGAGUAAUGCCGUGAGAACAAGUCUACGACAGCAUUUAAACAUUUGCACCAGAGAAUCUUCACGGCGCAUCAUGAACUCAGGCUGAGCCCAUAUCGAAUUAAGACCGUGAUAAGAGUCCAGCAGCCUCUACGAUUUAGAGGAUGAGCAUGUGGGCGUUGCCCACAAGGAUCUCGCCAUGGGAAUAAGAGGGUGUUGGACAUGCAGACAGCGCAAAGUUCGAUGUGACUCGCAUUACCCGAGAUGUGGCAACUGCACGAAGGCACGGCGCGUCUGUCAAGGCUAUGGCAUCCAGCUGUCCUGGCCUCGAGAUGGCGACAGAAGAAGAGCAAUAAUCUCGCGAGAUACGCGCCGCGCAGUGAAUACCAUUCAAUCAAAUGUCAAGAGGUUCUUGAAUUCAUCUUUCUGGGACAUAUCGCUAUCGGAGGAGCUAGAGAACGGAAGGAUUUCUGCUCGUUACCUUCGUACCAUGAAAGUCCCUCGCCCGACCUAUCUAUCGCCCACCUUCAUGAACGGAGAAGAAUCGCAUUUACUGGGGUUCUUCAACGAAUCAAGAUCACUGAUACUAGGACCGACGGACGAGGAGGCUUUGGCACAAUUCAUCUUGAGAAUUGCCUUCUCCGAUCCAACCGAUGCAGCCAAUCCAGUCCUACAAGGCGUGUUUGCUCUCGCAUCCCUCCAGCUUCACGGGAGCUUGAAGAGCUUUCGCUACAAGCACCUUGUCAUAUCAUCAGUUAAGGAGUCAAUCAACUGGCUCGACGAGAAGACGCUGCUCCAGAACUUGAUGGCAACGAUGCUUUUGUAUCAUUAUGAGCUCUCACUCGAAUCAAACUCCAAAGGGAGUUGGGUAAUAUAUCUAUGCGCCGUGAAAAAGAUUAUCAACACGUCACCGGCAAUUCAAAAGCUGGUUCGGCAAGAAUAUUCGGUCUUCCUCGAUUGGAUUUAUUAUCACGAGGUCCUCGCAGAGUUCACAGUCAGGCAUUGGAAGGUCCCUUAUGAAGGUUGCGGCUGGGCUCCAACAGCAAGAUCACCCAGGCCUAUCGAGGGAAGCGAUCCAAAGGUAGAAGACAACAUCGGCUGUCCAACUGAUGUGCUCCAGCUCGUUGUACAUACAUGUAGACGAGCUCUAGCCGCGAAAUCCUCCGAGAUGAAUUAUGCGAAUGCUGGAAUGGAGCGCACGAAGGCGCUGGAACAGAACAUUUCCAGCGCAGUAGGAGACUAUGGCCCAGUUCACGUACCAUCUGCGACCCCGGUAGACCGAAAUACUAUGGUCGCCGAUCUUCAUCGACUCGCGGGCUUGAUAUAUGUCAAUCGGGCGGUCCAUUGCGUUUCAGGAACAGAAUUCCGUCAUAGGCGACUUGUGAGAGAGGGCAUAUUGCUGUUGACCAAGAUGGUAACCUGCCAGAACGCGUGGCCAUUGUUCAUUGUCGCCUGCGAAGCGGUAGGCGAUGAUCAGCGCCUUGCUAUCCUCGACGUCUUUGAGCAAAGUCGGCAAGAUCGAAGACGGAGAUCAAGUCACAUUCAUCUUAUUCAACAUAUGGUUGAGGCUGUGUGGAACCAGCAUGAUCUCAAUGCAGAGAACCAAGUCGAUUAUCUAACAAUUUUCGAUGCGGUUGUUGGUGGAGUUCCAUUCAUACCACCAUUUGCCUGAGUUCAGGUUCAUGGCACCAUCAUUUCCAUCCAUUGUUCUGAUGUCCCAUCAAGAUAGAUCCAUUCAGCUUCUGGACUAGAACCACUCAUCAUGAUUUCCGUGAUGUGUCACAAAUUCC